AAGUGGCUUGCAGCACGGCACACGUGCAGAUGUCCAUCGCUAUCCAGCAAACCACACAUCACACGCACGCGGUGCACCACAUGCGGCGCGGCCCGCAAGGCUACCACCCAGCUGUGAACCGUCCGUCCACCUGGCUGGCUGUGGGUGUCUUCUGUUUGAUGGUCCCAUGACGGGACAGCGAUGUUCAUGGGCACUGACUGAUGCCCAUGGCAACACCGUCCCGUCGUGCAACAGACCAGAAGCUGCCUCUUCACGCCAGUGCCUCAGCAGCAGUGGCCUUGGUGUGCAUCGCCACCUGCUGGCCUCUCCUGUCCUGUGUGGCUGAGGGGGAAGGGCCGGGGGGCGGUGGGGGUGUGCUGGUGCGCUUGACGCGCAGCAGAUAUGCCCGCACCUCAUCCGCAUCCACGGGCAAAGCGUCGAGGAAUGACUGAUGCACACGUAAGUAAACGAAUGAAUGGCAUGGCCACACACAACACAACACACAGAGGUGGAAAGGGGAACCGCUUUCGCAUGGUGCCAUGGUGCCAUGGGGUGUGCAUACCUCAGUCACAUAGCGCAGUGGCACAUGGACAGCUGCUCGCCCAGCACGCCUGAGGGCAGCAGGCAGCACACACACACACAGAAGCGCCAUUCGGCGUUCGUCCCAUCAAUCGUGUCUCACCCUCACCCAUCACACACAUACCGUGCAAUAGUGGCGAGGCAUCCCACGGCCUGUCCCCUGAGUGGGUCGCCGUAGCUGACCUCCUCUAUCAAAAUGGAGCACACCAUCAGCAUGUGAGCCAACACACGCUCGCUCAACCCAAGAGACGCCAGGGAGCACUGCUCCUCAGCCUGGACCAGGAAAUCAGCCAGGCUCUGCGUUGCCUUCAGCUGACCAACCACAUGGACGGACGACACGACCACACACACUUCCACUUCAUCUUUUCGUUCAGUUCAGACAAGGGGCUUCCUUCCGACAUAUUUACUUACCAGCAGCAGCUGCAUCUCCCGCCUCAGGCCGUGUUUGCGCAGCACGUCCAGUGUCUUGAGCAGGAUGUGGGCGAUGCUGGACGCCUCAAGAGGCGGCGGGGCCGACGCCGACGGGCCGUCUUGGACGCUCAGACGGUAGCACAGUAGCUCGCAAUAACCGCUGAUCGCCUGCCGAGGCACACACAGAGAGGGUGGGGCGGCUGUGGUUGAUUCUCUAUCUUGCUGGGGCUCACUCACCUCGGCAGUGUUGGGUUCCAUUCUGCGGAUGGUGUUUGUGAGCCGCCUGACCUGCUCGUCGGUCAUCAUUUCGACAGCCCUCUCCUCCAUAAGCCCCUUGACACGCCCAUGCAGCGCAUCGGCAUCGGCCGCAGAGUACCCCAACUGCGUCAAGUUGGCCACCGCCAGAGCCAGAGACGUCAGGUCGUCCAUGUCGAAGGCCCCGAGCCGCUCGGCAGUCGGGUGUGGGCCGCCCCCCACGACCCUGUCAAUGUGCUCCCCCACUACCUUGACCGUCUUGUGCUGUCGCGGCAAACGCAGCUCGCUCAGUGACAGCAUCAGCUGGGCGAACUCCUUGGCCAUCAGUGCCUUGUGGCCGCCACUCGCACCCUCCCUUUCUCUCUCCCGCGCCACUCUCUGUCCUUCCGGCGAUGCGGCGCUGGCCGGGGCUUCCUGUGGACCCUGUGACGCCGCGUUCGUCAGCCGGGGUAGCUGCGCCGUCACCUUGAAGGCAAUGGCCUCGCUGACGUCCUUGACGAGGCCCUCCUGCUCCUUCUGGUGGUUGGCCGACGACAAUGCACAGCCGUCGACGACGGCGAUCAGGCCCGGGAUGGGCAGACUCAGACACGUGCUGAGCAGGUGGUGGGCGAGCCGGUGGCUGCCGCUCUCCGUGUCGCCUCCCUCUCCAGACGAUAGGCUGCUGCUGCUGCCGCCGGAGGAUGGUGCUGAAUCGUCCUCCGACUGCUUGUCGAACUGCAGGAGGGCCGCCCGUCUGUUGAGAGAGAAGAGAUCCCGCCCACUCCACUGGCCGACAGACAGGCCCGUCAACACGCUCGAUAGCAGCCGGUUGAACAGCUCCGGGUCUCGCGAGCCGAUGGCAUGCAUGGCGGAGGGAAAAAGCUUCAGCUCGCUCAUGUCCAUUGCCGGCAGUGCGUCGACGAGGUGUUUCUUGAGGGUGUUGCGUGUUGCGAAAUCCAGCUGGUCGAGGUGGGCGGCCGCGUGGAUGGCGCGGCAGAUGAGGGCAUCGGAUGGGGCGAGCGAGGGAGAGGGGGAGGGAGAGGGGCUGGUCAGCUGUUUGUUGUCCUUGGCGAGAGCCGCAAUGUCAGGCAUCCUCUGGAUGAUCUGUCGGCUGAUUCUGUGUGGGAGGUUCUCCGUCUGCCACGUCUUGUCCCACAGCUGCAGAUUCUUCGCCGCCUUUGCCUGCAUCCAUCGCAUUGCAUUGCGCCCCAUCCGCACACACACAAUGACUUCCGUGUAUGGUGUGCGGCACUCAUUGUCAGUCAGACCUUGAGCAGUGCGUAUGAGGCCCCGAUGUCCACGAGAGCAGGAAGGUCCAGCCCCGUCAGCCGUGCAGACACCUCGGGAUUGAACACCGCCUGCAUCUCCUUGGUGAACCGCCGCGAAUACACCAGCACCGACACUGCUGCAGCCAACUCGCUCCCUGACAGGGACCGCGCAGACGUCCGCAGCUUGCUCAUCAGAUUGGCCAUCUCGCCUGUGUCCUCCAGCAGGACGUCCCGCCUCACUGCAGCGAUGGAGGCGCACACACGGACGGCCUGUGAGGGGCUCAGCGAGGCCGCCAGGCCGUCCAGCCGAUGAGCUAUCACCCUCCAGGUCUGGCGGGAGUCAUGCCGGUCGGCCGUCAGCCGCUCCACGAGGGCGAGAAAGGGGGAUGCGUCCAGCUGAGGGAUCUGCAGCACAUCAAGCGCCCGGGUAGUGGAUGAAGCGAAGUGACGGCCAUGAGUGAAGGGCAGUGGGAUGAGAGCCGGGAGCGCAGGAGGUCUCAGUGGGCGAUAGAUAGACGCCAUCUGAGGCAGGAGAACGGGG